AUGUCCGACAAACCCGUACCCUGCGACUUAAUGCGCCCCUCUGACUCUCCCCCCGUGGACACCGCCAUCAAAGCCAGCGAUCAGCCGAUUUUUAGCGUUUUAAGCAGCGGCGGUGUGAAGAUGAAGGAGGCCCGUGUUCUCGCAGGACUAGACUGUACCGGCGGUGACGGUGGCUCUGCCCUGACCACAGACUCCGAGUCCGGGAUCUUCUCCGGGGAAUGCGAGCUCUGCGAGGACCACGAAGCGGAACUGGACUGGUUCUGUGACACGGAACAGAAGCUGGUCUGUUCCCACUGCGCCACCGUGGGCCCAUGUCGAGCGCAUGCACUCAUACCGCUGUCCGCGAGGGUCUCCUCACUCAGGAACCAUCUGGUGGAUGUGUGUGAGAAGAUCCAGUUGCAGGCUCUGAGGGUCGAGCGCUUCAUCCAGCACACGCUCACCGACAAAGAACAAAAGCUGCAGGCCGCGGCAAGCCGGGCGCGGGAGCAGGUGCUGUCCCGGGUCAGUGCAGCUCGGGAGGCUCUGGAGGAGGAGGAGCAGCGCCUCCUGGAGGCCGUGCAGCGCGAGGAGGAGCGUGUGGAGCAGUGUCUCCUCACGCAGCAGGUCCACUGGAAACAGGCCCUAACCAGUCUGAACCAGACCAGAGCGGGCCUGGUGCACACGCUCACGCACACGCCAGACACGCAGCUCGCGAUUUCUGCUCAAGACAUUUCAGAGAGGGUGGAGGGGGCAGAGGGAGUGGGAGAACCCUGUGACACAGAGCAGCUCGAGAUGAAGAGCAGCUGCAGCGACAGCGCGAUGCUCACUGCUUUGUGGGCCACGGCUGUGCUGCUCGGACCAAACGCCGACAGAACCUCCUCGUUCCAGUUUGAUGCCCGCACCGUGAGUCCGCUCCUGUCUCUGUCCGAGGACCUCUUCACUCUCACCUUCACCAACAGAAAGUCCCGUGAGCCGUGUCCCUAUGACCCGGCUCGCUUCGACAGCUGGCCCAACGCUCUGGGGUCGCGGCCCCUGUCCUCCGGGACCCACCGCUGGGUCCUGGACGUGGGUCAGAGCGCCGCCUUCAAGGUCGGAGUCUGCCACGCCACGUUGGAGCGAAAGGGCUCCGGGGACGAGGCUCGGCUGGGUCACAACCUGCGGUCCUGGGUCCUGUCCAACUACGACGGGGAGUACUCGUUCUGGCACGGCGGAAGGAAGGUGCCGCUCCACGUGGUCAGGAGGCCGCGGCGGGUCGGCGUGCUGCUGGACUGGCCCACGCAGACUCUGCUGUUCUACGAGCCCGAGUCAAACGUGGUCUUGUACUCGCUGACGGACAGUUUCUCGGCUCCUCUUCUGCCAGCGUGCGCGGUGACGGACCGGAGCAUCACCAUCGUGCACUGA